AUGGCCGAAAGAGAGGAGGAUCAUGGGAUCACCCAGUCCAGCUCCUCUCAUGCCCGAUCGAGCUCCGAAGCAGUUCCCGAUGAUGAAAGGGCCGUCUUCGAGUCUAUCCGUCCCGAGGACCGAGAAGAGCUGACCCGCAUCGCUUCCAACUUCCCCCGCCACCGCGCGGUGGAUUCUGGUGUUGGGAUGAACGGUAUAGAACGAAAAGAUACACUGGAAGAUAUCCAGCUGAGCGACCCCGUCCUCGAUCCUACCAGCGACCAAUUUGACCAUUACAAGUGGGCAAGAAUGAAGCUGAAGUUGAUGGACAAAGAAGGAGUGCCUCUGCGCAAAUCGACCGGCGUUGUAUGGGAGAACUUGAACAUCGCUGGCUCUGGCUCUGCGCUCCAGUAUCAGAAAAAUGUCGGCUCAGUGCUCCUUGCUCCAUUUCGGCUGCAGGAGUAUAUCUCAUUUGGGAGGUCCAAUUCGCAGAAGCUAAUUCUUCGCAACUUCGACGGUGUUCUUAAGAGCGGCGAGCUGCUUAUUGUGCUUGGACGGCCUGGUAGUGGCUGCUCGACAUUCCUUAAGAGUCUCUCUGGAGAACUUCAUGGACUCAAAGUCGGGAAAGGCUCUGAUAUUCAGUACAAUGGCAUUCCCAUGGAAAGAAUGCACCGUGAGUUCAAGGGAGAGGUCCUUUACAACCAGGAAGUUGAUAAACACUUUCCACACCUCACGGUGGGACAAACACUGCAAUUUGCGGCGGCAGCGCGUACUCCAGAGCAUCGGCUCAACGGGGUCAGUCGCGCAACAUUCGCCAAGCAUAUUACACAAGUGGCCAUGGCUGUUUUUGGUCUGAGCCAUACAUACAACACCAAAGUCGGCGACGACUAUAUUAGGGGUGUUUCGGGGGGUGAACGAAAGCGAGUCAGCAUUGCUGAGAUGGGUUUGUCUGGUGCACCAGUAGGAGCUUGGGACAAUAGCACUCGCGGCCUGGAUUCUGCGAGCGCCCUGGAAUUUGCCAAAGCACUACGAGUUUCAGCAAAUCUUACGGGCUCCUGCCAUGCGGUUGCGAUCUAUCAAGCCUCUCAGGCAAUCUAUGAUGUCUUCAACAAGGUCAUUGUCUUGUAUCAAGGACGGGAGAUCUUUUUCGGUCCAUGCGACCAAGCCAAAGACUAUUUCAUCAGUAUGGGCUGGGAUUGUCCCGCUCGUCAAACAACUGGCGACUUCCUCACCUCAGUGACGAACCCGCAAGAACGGACAGUUCGAGAUGGAAUGGAGAACAAAGUUCCACGCACUCCUGACGAGUUUGAGGCGUACUGGAAAAAGAGCUCUAAUUAUGCUAGACUCCAGAAGGAAAUCGCACAGUACCGACAGGAGUAUCCUCCUGGAGGAGCUGCUGAGCAUGAGUUUGACGAGACCAAGAGAAUGCGACAGGCCAAGCACGUCCGGCCAAAGAGUCCCUAUGUCAUCUCUAUCCCUAUGCAGGUUCGGCUUUGCGUGAAGAGAGCUUAUCAACGCAUCUGGAACGAUAAGCCUUCCACGCUGACGACCGUCAUUGGGCGAAUUGCCAUGUCUCUCAUCAUCGGCUCCAUUUAUUUUGGAACCCCAAAUGCAUCUGCAGGUUUCCAGAGUAAAGGCGCUGCUCUGUUCUUCUCUGUUCUGAUGAAUGCACUUAUCAGUAUUACCGAGAUCAACUCGCUCUACGAUCAACGACCUGUCAUCGAGAAGCAAGCUUCCUAUGCUUUUGUUCACCCCUUUACAGAAGCCUUAGGAGGUAUCGUCGCAGACAUACCAGUCAAGUUUGUGUCCGCGGUGGUGUUUAAUAUUAUCUUCUACUUUUUGGCUAACCUGCGAUACGAGCCUUCUCAAUUCUUCAUCUUCUUUGUCUUUACCUUCCUCAGUACGCUGGCAAUGUCAUGCGUUUUUCGAACUCUGGCAGCAUCAACCAAGACUCUUGCGCAGGCUAUGUCCAUGGCUGGAGUCAUUGUCCUGGGUAUCGUCAUCUAUACCGGCUUCGUUAUCACUGCACCCGAAAUGAGCAAAAUUCCCUGGUUCAGCUGGAUUCGUUGGAUCAACCCCGUGUUUUAUACCUUUGAAGCUCUGGUUGCCAACGAGUUCCACGGUCGUCGCUUUGAAUGCUCUCAGUUUAUCCCUGGGUACCCUACCUUGCCCGGUGACUCCUUCAUCUGUGCUGUCCGCGGCGCUGUUGCCGGAGAAAGGACUGUCUCUGGUGACGCGUAUAUUCAAACUCAGUACAGUUACAGCUAUGCUCACGAGUGGAGAAACUUCGGUAUUCUCAUUGGAUUCUGGAUGUUCUUCAUGGCGCUGUAUCUUAUUGCGUCUGAGAUCAACUCCGCUACAUCCUCUACAGCUGAGUACCUUGUUUUCCGAAGAGGACAUGUACCUGCACAUCUGCGCCGUCUUGAGAAGGGUGGAAAGGGGGCUACUGUAGCUGAGGUCACACCAGCCACGAAGGAUGCUGAGACUGAAGGAGACACUUCCGCCAUUCCAUCACAGCAUGAUAUCUUUACUUGGCGGAACGUGUGCUACGAUAUCCCGGUCAAGGGUGGACAACGACGACUUUUGGAUAAUGUCUCCGGUUGGGUUAAGCCUGGCACUCUCACAGCCCUGAUGGGUGUGUCUGGUGCUGGCAAGACUACUCUACUCGACGUUCUGGCCAAGCGCGUCUCAAUUGGAGUUGUCACUGGGGGUAUGCUCGUUAACGGCAAACCCCUCGACACUAGCUUCCAAAGAAAGACCGGCUACGUCCAGCAGCAAGACCUUCACCUACCAACUACGACGGUCCGAGAGGCAUUGCGGUUUAGCGCUAUACUUCGCCAACCGAAAACUGUACCAAAGAAGGAGAAGUAUCAGUAUGUCGAAGAUGUCAUCGACAUGCUGGGCAUGAAGGACUUUGCAGAUGCAAUCGUGGGUAUUCCAGGAGAGGGUUUGAACGUGGAGCAGCGCAAGCUUCUGACUAUCGGUGUUGAACUUGCUGCUAAACCUGCACUGCUGAUAUUCCUGGACGAACCGACAAGUGGAUUGGAUUCUCAGAGCUCGUGGGCCAUUUGCUCGUUUCUGCGGAAGCUGGCAGAGCACGGCCAGGCUGUUCUGUCAACGAUUCAUCAGCCGUCUGCUUUACUUUUUCAACAGUUUGAUCGCCUCCUCUUUUUGGCAAAGGGCGGAAAGACUGUGUACUUUGGCGAAAUUGGAGACCAGUCCCGAACACUACUAGACUACUUUCAAAGCAACGGAGCCCGGGUCUGCGGAUCCUCUGAGAAUCCUGCGGAGUACAUGCUUGAAAUCAUUGGCGCUGGUGCUUCUGGCAAAUCUACGAAGGACUGGUCUGUUACGUGGAAUGAAAGCCAACAAGCGAAGGGUGUGCAAACAGAAAUUGACCGGAUUCAUGAUGAGAGAGCUUCGGCAGCCAGUACUGGAGAUGUUUCCCAGUAUGGUGAAUAUGCAAUGCCGUUUAUGACGCAACUGACGUAUGUCACACACCGUUCGUUCCAGGGUUUCUGGCGCGAGCCGAGUUAUGUGUGGGCCAAAAUCUUGCUGGGUACUCUGGCAUCUCUUUUCGUUGGGUUCACAUUCUUCAAGCCGGACAGCUCGCUGCAAGGAUUUCAGGAUGUUCUGUUUAGUGCAUUCAUGCUGACUUCAGUAUUUUCAACAUUGGUUCAACAAAUCAUGCCCAAGUUUGUCAUCCAGCGCUCCCUCUAUGAAGUACGAGAGCGCCCAUCCAAGGCUUACUCAUGGGCUGCGUUUCUCAUUGCCAACGUCAUCGUCGAAAUCCCAUAUCAAGUCCUUGUUGGUAUCAUUUCGUGGGCCUGCUACUACUAUCCAAUUUAUGGAGCGGAACAAGCUUCACAAAGGCAGGGUUUGAUGCUGCUACUCGUCGUUCAGUUCUACAUCUUCACGUCUACCUUUGCGUCUCUCGUCAUAGCCUCCCUGCCUGAUGCUGAGACUGGUGGCACGAUCGCGACCCUGAUGUUCAUCAUGACACUCACGUUUAACGGCGUCAUGCAGCCACCAAAUGCCUUACCAGGUUUCUGGAUCUUCAUGUACAGAGUUUCUCCGUUGACUUAUUUGGUUGCUGGUCUUACGGCUACUGGUUUGCAUGGUAGAGAGAUCGUAUGUUCUACCGCUGAGCUGAGUGUGUUUAACCCUCCAGCUGGCCAGACGUGUGGUGCAUACUUGGAUCCAUAUGUCACAACUGCAGGCGGCCAGUUGUAUAAUUCCGCGGCUACAAGCAACUGCGAGUAUUGUCGACUUACCAACGCAGAUCAGUACUUGGCUUUGAGCAACAUCUACUACGGCGAACGCUGGCGUAACUUUGGUCUUGGCUGGGCUUAUAUUGGCUUCAAUGUCUUUGGCACCGUGCUGAUGUACUACAUGUUCCGCGUUAAACACUACAAUCCAACCUCACUGGUGCGGGGUAUCCGCAGUGGCGCAUCGCUACUCUGUCGUGUGUUCAAGCGGCGCUCAGGAACAACACCUACCGGCAAAGAGGCAGACAACGGCAGACUGGUUUAG